AUGGAGGACUUUGCGGGCCAUAGCCAGAAUUGGGCGGCGGUUGGCACCGUGUCUCCUUUCCCCCCCGCCCUGCAGGCCCACCCCAACCCGGACAGCAACACCUCGGAUGCCCUGCUGCGCCAGCUGCGCCUGCCCAACCCCAUGGCCCAGCCGGUCCCCAACAAGCCCCUGGACUUCUACACCUGCGCCUUCCGCAAGUCCAAGCUCGACAGGUUUCUGGGCAGCGACUCCCCGGACUCCUACUUCAGCAGCACGCAGAGGCACCGCAUUGUGUACGAGAUCCUGACCCGGACUGUCUACGGGAAGAGGAAGCACGCUGAAGUCGGUCUUGACCGGCUGCUGAACGAAGGCGUGUAUUCCGCGGCCUUCCCCUUGCACGAGGGCCCAUUUGAGCUGCCGGAGUACGAGGUGCCCGGAGAAGAGCUGAACCCCCGGCAGAUCCUAUACUGCUUUUGGGCGCAGUGGCGCUGCUGGUACAAGUACCAACCUUUGGACCACAUCCGCGAGUAUUUUGGAGAGAAGGUGGCAAUCUACUUCGCCUGGCUGGGCUUCUACACCACGUGGCUCCUCCCUGCUGCGGCCGUGGGCACCUUCGUCUUCCUGGCUGGUCUCUUUGCCAUGGGGACAAACACGCCAGCGCAAGAGAUCUGCAACAGCGGGGGUCAGUUCCUCAUGUGCCCCCUGUGUGACAGCUGUGGCAACUGGAACCUCUCUGAGAUCUGCUCCAUGGCAAAGGUCGGCUACCUUUUUGACCAUCCGGGGACCGUCUUCUUCAGCAUCUUCAUGUCCUUCUGGGCUGUGGCCUUCCUGGAGUACUGGAAGCGGAAAAACGCCACCCUGGCCCACCACUGGGACUGCUUGGACUUCCAGGAGGAAGAGGCAGGUGGACGGCCCUUCUGGCUCUCUGGUCUGGGCCUCGCCAAGCUGAAGGCCUGGCGCCAGAAGCGGAAGCUGGCCCGGGUGCAGGGCGGCCAGAUCGGCCAGGAGCCCAAGCGCUGGGAGGAGGACUUUGAGCUCAUCGAAUGCGAGGGCCUCUUUGAGGAGUACCUGGAGAUGGUCCUGCAGUUUGGUUUCAUCACCAUCUUUGUGGCGGCCUUCCCGCUGGCUCCGCUCUUUGCCCUGCUCAACAACUGGGUGGAGAUCCGGCUAGAUGCCCAGAAAUUUGUGUGCGAGUACCGCCGCCCGGUGGCUGAGCGUGCCCAGGGCAUUAGCGUCUGGUUCUUCCUUCUGGACGUCCUGGCACACAUCUCGGUCAUCGUCAACGCCUUCCUCAUCGCCUUCACCUCCGACUUCCUGCCGCGCCUUCCCCCGCCAGCCCCACCCCCACCCCGCCCAGGCAGGGGCUCCCUGCUCACCUGCCCGCUCUCGCCCCCUCGCAGGUACAAGGCCUUCCGGGACGCCAGUGGCAGCUACACCCUCUUCUACUGGAAGCUCCUGGCUGUCCGGCUGGGCUUCAUCAUCACCUUUGAGCACGUGGUGUUCUUCUGCUUGCGCCUGAUUGACUGGGUGGUGCCGGACGUCCCGGAGUCCCUGGGGGUGAAGAUCAAGCGCGAGAGGUACCUGGCCAAGCAGGCCUUGGCCGACAACCAGGCCGCCCUGCUGACGCAAGCACCCGUCCACCCAGCAGCCCGACCUAGCGAUGACACCGGCAUCCCCUGGGAGGACAGCGGCGCUGUGGAGGCCCUCUAGGGCACAGAGGGGGAGAGAGGCGGCGAGAGAGGGUGCCUCCAGGGGCCCAGCUUGGAUCUGCCCCCACCGCCCUGCCGCUCCCCUGCUGCUCUGCCCCUCCCGAGGCAGCAGCUGCCACUGCCGCACGCCCGUCCCGAAGGACUCUCUCCUGGAGAAGGACGGUGUCUCUCCGGCUCCUGAGGCCACUGCUGUGCCGCCACCGCCGCCACCCUCCAGGACGGUGUUCCCAGGAGUCUUUGCCUCUCUGCGGAGCUCAGCCCAGUGUCUCACUGCUCGGGUGCUCAGCGAGGAUGACUGCAAGGGCAGGAGCAGCUC